CCAACCAACCAAACAAUCUGUCCUCAUACACUCAGCGAAGCAACACAUCUGCAGAUCAGCCGGAACAGCAGCAGCUACAUUCCUGCAGGUCUCCUGUGCAGACAUGUCUCUGUACAGCUUCGGCCUGGAGCCGCUGUCCUGCCACACCUGGAACAAAGACAGAACCCAGAUUGCAGUGAGUCCUAACAACAAUGUGGUGAUUAUCUAUGAGAAGAAAGGCAAAGGGUGGACCAAGAUCCACGAGCUGACGGAGCACAGUGGACGCAUCACAGGCAUCGACUGGGCCCCCGAGUCCAACCGCAUCGUGACGUGUGCGUCCGACCGUAACGCCUACGUGUGGACCCUGAAGGACGGCGUGUGGAAGCCCACCCUGGUGCUGGUCCGCAUCAACCGAGCCGCCACAUGUGUCAAGUGGUCGCCACUGGAGAACAAGUUCGCCCUGGGCAGCGGAGCUCGCCUCAUCUCCGUCUGCUACUUUGAGAAGGAGAAUGAUUGGUGGCUGAGUAAGCACAUCAAGAAGUCGGUUCGCUCCACCGUCCUGAGUCUGAACUGGCACGCCAACAACAUCCUGCUGGCAGCAGGCUCUGCAGACCUCCACUGCAGGGUUUUCUCAGCCUACAUCAAGGACAUCGAGGACAAGCCUGGCCCCACGGCCUGGGGGGCCAAGAUGCCUUUUGGGGAGAUGAUGCUGGAGCAUAAGGACUGUGGCGGCUGGGUGCACAGCGUCUCCUUCUCCCCCAGUGGAGACCAGCUGGCCCUGGUGGCCCAUAACAGCAGCAUCACCGUGGUGGACGCCGCCCAAGGAAAGGAGGCCACCCAGCUGACCACGGACCGUCUGCCCCUGCUGAGUGUGCUCUAUGUCAGCCCCACGGAGAUUGUUGCUGCGGGUCAUGACUGUUGCCCCUACCAGUUCACCUACAAGGGUCCAGGAGCUCUGGAGUUUGUGAAGAAGCUGGACAUCCCCAAGCAGACCUCCAAGGGCAGCAUGUCCGCCAUGCAACACUUCCGCAACCUGGACAUGAAGGCAACUGAUGAGGACAGCAACGAGCUGGACACCCUGCACCAGAACAGCAUCACCCAGCUGUGUGUUGUUUCUGGGGAUAAAGCCAAAGUGGAGAAGUUCAGCAGCGUUGGUCUGGAUGGAGCUCUGGUGGUCUGGGAGUUUAAGCACUGAGACGCCACAGAUCAUCAGUCCUCUCAGUGAACAAACCAACACUCUCUCCAGCACUGAGACGCCACAGAUCAUCAGUCC